AUCGAACCCCUGGUCCAUCUCUUCCUGUGACGCCUUCCUCAACGUCUUUCAGACCAAAGGGCUGAAAACCGAGGUCAUCUGUCCCUGUGCCAGCUCUCCGGAGGCCCUGACUGUCGCCAUCAGGAGGCCGGUGGAGGACAGCAGCCAGCCUCCGGGUCGUGGUGUUCUGUCUAUGCAAGGUCUGAGCUACGGGGUUGUCCGAGUGGACACCGAGGAACGUCUGUCUGUGCUCACUGUGCAGGACGUGGGUACUAUCACACCAGGAGGCCUGGUCUGUGUGGUGAAGCCAGAGGGCGUCCCUCAGCUCUGUCAGACAGAUGAGAUCGGUGAAUUCUGCGUCUGCUCCAUCUCCACAGGGAUGUCCUACUACGGCCUGACGGGCAUGACCAAGAACACCUUUGAGGUUUACCCAGUGAGCUCCAGCGGCGGUCUAAUCAGCGAGUACGCCUUUGUGCGGACUGGCCUGCUGGGCUUCAUUGGACCCGGCGGACUCGUUUUUAUCACGGGGAAGAUGGACGGGCUCAUCAUGGUGAGCGGGCGAAGACACAAUGCUGAUGACAUCGUUGCCACGGCGCUGGCGGUGGAGCCGAUGAAGUUUGUCUACAGAGGCAGGAUAGCGGUGUUUUCUGUGACCGUGCUGAGAGAUGAGAGGAUCGUGGUGGUGGCCGAGCAGAGACCGGACGCCACCGAGGAGGACAGCUUCCAGUGGAUGAGUCGCGUCCUGCAGGCAAUAGACAGUAUCCACGGAGUCGGCAUUUUCUGCCUGGCUCUGGUUCCAGCCAACACCCUUCCUAAGACUCCUCUGGGGGGCAUCCAUCUGUCAGAGAUCAAACAGCUGUACCUAGAGGGGGGGCUGCACCCAUGCAACGUUCUGAUGUGCCCCCACACCUGCGUCACCAACCUGCCCAAACCACGGCAGAAGCAACCAGAGAUCGGACCUGCCUCUGUGAUGGUGGGGAACCUGGUGUCAGGGAAGAGGAUCGCUCAGGCCAGCGGCAGAGACCUGGGGCAGACAGACGACAACGACCAGUUUUUGUUUUUGUCAGAAAUUCUGCAGUGGAGAGCUCAGACAACACCAGACCACGUCCUCUACACGCUCCUCAGCUCUCGGAAUUAA